GGACGUCAUCAUCACUUUGGGGGCGGAAGAGUGGUCGUGUGUUUUUAGGGCUGGUAGAACCAAACUGGGCGAUUUUGAUCACAAGCUUCACACCACGAUUAUAAGAGAUUUUGUAGUUCUGGCACACGGACAUGGCACUUCCUGCGUGCUCAGAUGUGCAUUUGGACCGAGAUGGGCUGUGCAGCGAUCAGACGACGACGUCAUCGGAAAACAACAUUGACAUCGACGAGAAAGAAUUGGAAAAAAUCACAAAGAACCACCGCGAAGACCCCACGGCUUUGACUCUGCACUCCCCCUGGACGUUUUGGCUUGACAGGUCGUUACCAGGGACCACUGCUGCAGAAUGUGCAUCAAAUCUCAAAAAGAUAUAUACAGUUAAAACUGUUCAGACAUUCUGGAGUGUGUACAACAACAUUCCCCAGGUCACAGCGUUGCCGUUGAGAUGUAGCUACCACCUGAUGCGUGGAGAGAGGAGGCCGCUGUGGGAAGAGGAGAGCAACGCCAAAGGAGGUGUUUGGAAGAUGAAAGUGCCGAAAGACAGUACGGCGGUGGUGUGGAAGGAACUGUUGCUGGCUACAAUCGGGGAGCAGUUUGCUGACUACUGUGCCUCUGCGGACGAGGUCAUUGGCGUGAGCGUGAGUGUGCGCGAUCGAGAAGACGUGGUGCAGGUGUGGAACGGAAAUGCUCCUCUCGCUCAAGAAGCUAGCAUCUUGGCGAAGAUCUACGAACUUCUCCCUCAAAUAUCCUUUAAGGCUGUGUUUUAUAAAUCUCAUCAGGAACAUCACGCUUUUGAAGGAGGACGUUCAAGACACUAGAUUCCGAUGCAGUUGCGUCUUAAGCUUUUGUCCUUUUAAGAAAAGAUAAAGAUGUGAACUUUACACCCCCCUUGACCUACGGCCAUCUCCACAACACAACUCAACAAUGAUUUGCAUCAAUCAAGGAACAGUUAUCAAUAUAUUUUUAUACAUUUUAUCGGAACAUAACGUAUUUGAUCAACUUUGACCAUGUCCGGUUGACCUUGUUGAAGCUACUGCCUUGUUUUUUAGGUUUUUGUUUCUUUGCUUUACUGCCACCAAUAUGGUCUGCACAGACCUCAUGGAAGUAGCUCUCCUUAGGCUUAUCGGCAGUGGUCAAACUAUUUUAUCUUUUGUAGAUACGUUGAAUUGGACUUUAGGGUCUUCUCUUCAUGUUCUUUAAGCCAGUUGAUGUUGUUGGUGUCCAAAGCACUUUUUUUGGGACCUCAGUUAGUUUUAUUGCUUUUUAGGGAAGUAUUAAGCAAAGCUGAAUGUUGAUAUCUCGAUUAUCGACAUGCGGUGAAUACACUGUGUGUUUACAGAUAGUUCAUGAGUCUUGUAAUAAACCUCAUGUCUGAGUAA